GGCAUAGGCAACAGCCUCCCCGAGGCCAGAUGAACAGCCGGUGAUGAGCCAGACGAGUUGGUUGGCCAUGUUUUGAUUCCCAGUCAAGUUUUCAAUCCGCGAUUAUUUUCCGUGAACGAAGUCUCGACCUUGAGUCUGCUAUCUGUAUUCUGUUUCUCACCACUACCCAGCAUCGGGUAAUCCAUGUAUUGCCACGUCAGCCCCUCUGAGGGGUUGAUCAGCAUUGUGAUCUUCUGUCUGAUUGGGCUGCCCUGCAGGGUGGAUAAUAAGAGCCCUCAUACUGGAGGCCUAACGUUCAUGCAAAAAAGAGAGUCAUACGUGUGCUUUCUACUGUAUAUACAGUAGAUGGCUGAUUUUUUUUUUUCUCUGGCUUAUGAGCCAUGCCCUGGCAGCAGGUCUUCCCCGGGUGCUACGAACGCAAGUUCGACUCGCUGGAGGCCUUCUACCUGACCGUUACAGCGUCCACUAUCGCGCUGGAAAAGCAGCACUUCCAUGUCACUUGUACUGUCCGCUUCCAGAGCUUGCCGUCGGUGGACGAACUUCGCCGGGCGUGGCUCGCGCUACGCCAUCGGUACCCUCACAUCGCCGCGCGACCCAGCGACGAUUGCAAUGGCGACGUUCCAGCACGCUUCGUCUACACAGUGCCUUCGACAGCAGACCUCGAGGCCUGGAUGCAGGAGACACUGACUGUUGUGAAUGCGCUGGCUGCCCCGUCGGCCGAAAGCCUCUUCGAGACCUUCCCACCCACGGCGCUGGUCAAGCUCUACUUUCUCCCGCAUACGCACGAGCUGUGUUUCCGGGCGCCGCACUGGCGUCUCGACGCCACUUCCAUGAUGUGCACCCAGGAUGCCCUGCUGCAGAUCCUAGCGGACGGGCCUCCCUCGCUGGGCGAGCUCGUCUUUGACGGCUCCGAGGCUGCCCGCCUGCCGCCUUCCCUCGACGAGGCGGGUGGUGUGCCACAGGAAGCCACGCCCGCAAUCCUUCGUGCCGUUGAGGAGGAACUUUCUGUACUAAAGGCCGAGGGCCCGCACCUGACGUUGCCGACGCGGCCCAAUGUGCUACCCGGGACGACGCGGCGGUACGGUUUCAACCUUCCGCACACCUCCACGCAGCAGAUCAUCGCGGGGUGCAAGGCACGCGGCCUCACCGUCACGACGGCCGCACACGCUGCCCUCGCUCUGGUGAUGCAGCGGUACGCAAUCCACGACUUUGAUCCGGCAACGCGCGGCCGCCCUGGAGGCAAGUUCACGGGCCUCGUCUCCGUCGAUCUACACAAGUAUCUGCCCGCGCCGUGGAACGAGCCCGCGACGGCCGCGAGCCCGUAUCACUCGGGCAUCCCCAUCAGCGUGGAUCUAGAUGUGGCGCGGGACUUUUCUGCCAUCGCAGCCUCGCUUACCCCGGUCUACGCACGGAACCUGGGCCAAGACAGCCCGCGCAACCUCUUCACCAUCCUGGCCGAGUAUGAGCGGCAGUGCACUGCCCUACUUGCGGUCCCGCCUCCUGAUCCCCUGCGCAGGCCUGCGCACGCGGAACUCAGCUCGAUCGGGAUUAUUGACCGGCAUGUGCGACCGCAGUAUGAAGGGGUUGGGGUUGGUGGCCGCAACAGCAAGACCUACACCCUGGAGGACUGGUGGAUUGCAUCGGAGAUGACCGGCCGGUAUCUUCAGAUGCGUCUGUGGACGUGGAACGGACAGAUGCAUCUCGGGGUCAACUACAACGAGGCCUUCCAUGAGGCUACGUUCGUGGAGGCCUUUGUCGCCGAGUGGAGAGAUGUCUUUGUGGAGAAUAUUGUUGUGUAGCUUUUUUUUUUUUUACACGGGGUUUAAUACGAGGCUUUCUUUCUUGAUUCGCUUGCUCUACUCCCAGUCUUAUUUACAGAGUAGUAGGUGAGAUGUCUACUACAUACGUAUUUUGAUGCGAUUGGCAAUGAUUGGCUAGAUAAGAUCUACUCGAAGCGGAAAUCGGCCCGGGGUCCCGCACUCCACCCGCUCCACCCGCUCCACCCCCGCCAUUAAUAUAGAGCAUGGAUUGGCUGAAAGGACUAUUAGGAGCAGGAGAGUGCUAGGUGUACAGCCCGUCGCUGUACCGGAUAGAGACAUACUAUCUCAUAUUUUGAUCUAUAAUCCAUUAAUAUC